GGGGAUGCGCCGCGCCCCGGCCCCGCCGCCGCCGCCGCCGCCGCAAACUUUCCGCGGGGCCGUGAACCGGCAGGAGGAGGAGGAGGAGGAGGAGAGCGACAAAUCCCUGAGGGGGCGACCCCAAAAAAAUCCCUAAAAAACUACCCCAAAAAGCGGAGCUUUUCCCAGCCGGCGGUUCCUCGGUAAAACUUACCGAACUCGGCGCGGGGAAGCACCGGGAGGGGAAGAACCGGGAGGGGAAGCACCGGGAGCAGAACCAGCACCGGGAGGGGAAGAACCGGGAGAAGAACCGUGAGGAAAAGAACCAGAGAGCAGAACCGUGAGAAGAACCGUGAGGAGAAGAACGGGGGGAAGAACCAGGAGCAGAAGCAGCACCGGGAGCAGAAGCACCGGGAGCAGAAGCAGCACCGGGCGGAGAAAAAGCACCGGGAGGAGAAAAAGCACCGGGAGGAGCAGCAGCACCGGCAGGCUCCGCUCGAUGCGGCGCUGAGCCCCCGCGGCCCCGCGGAGCCAUGGCCAUGGUGGCCGGCGCUUGGGGCGAACCGAACGGUGGCGGAGCCGGUGGCACCGGGGGCGGCGGCGGCGGCGGAGCGGAGGAGGCGGCGUCCCCCGGCGGCGGCGGCAGCGACGCGGAGCACGGCGAGGAGGAGCGGCCCGGGGCCGGCGCGGACUGCGUGGUGUGCGGGGACAAAUCCAGCGGGAAGCACUACGGCGUUUUCACCUGCGAGGGCUGCAAGAGCUUCUUCAAGCGCAGCAUCCGCAGGAACCUCAGCUACACCUGCAGGUCCAACCGGGAUUGCCAGAUUGACCAACACCACCGGAACCAGUGCCAGUACUGCCGCCUCAAGAAGUGCUUCCGAGUGGGCAUGAGGAAGGAAGCCGUGCAGCGGGGCCGAAUUCCCCCCAGCCACUCCAGCAGCAGCCCCAAUCCCCUCCCAGCUGGCGACUUCUUCAACGGGCAGCCGGUGUCGGAGCUGAUCUCGCAGCUGCUGCGCGCCGAACCCUACCCGGCGGCGCGCUACGGCUCGCAGUACGCGCAGCAGCAGCAGCCGCCGGGCAGCGUCAUGGGCAUCGACAACAUCUGCGAGCUGGCCGCCCGCCUGCUCUUCAGCACGGUGGAGUGGGCGCGGAACAUCCCCUUCUUCCCCGAGCUGCCCGUGUCUGACCAGGUGGCCCUGCUGCGGCUGAGCUGGAGCGAGCUGUUCGUGCUGAACGCGGCGCAGUCGGCGCUGCCGCUGCACAUGGCGCCGCUGCUGGCGGCCGCCGGCUUCCAUGCCUCGCCCAUGUCGGCAGAGAGGGUGGUGGCCUUCAUGGAUCAGAUCCGGGUCUUCCAGGAGCAGGUGGAGAAGCUCAACCGGCUGCAGGUGGACUCGGCCGAGUACAGCUGCCUCAAGGCCAUUGCCCUCUUCACACCCGACGCCUGCGGGCUGUCGGACCCGGCGCACGUGGAGACGCUGCAGGAGAAGGCGCAGGUGGCGCUGACCGAGUACGAGCGCUCACAGUUCCCGUCGCAGCCGCAGCGCUUCGGGCGGCUCCUGCUGCGGCUGCCCGCGCUGCGCGCCGUGCCCGCCGCCCUCAUCUCACAGCUCUUCUUCAUGCGCCUGGUGGGCAAGACACCCAUCGAGACCCUGAUCCGCGACAUGCUGCUGUCCGGCAGCACCUUCAACUGGCCCUACGGCGCCGGGCAGUAGGGACGGAUGGACGCACGGACGGACAGCAGGAUGGAUGGACGGACGCACGGACAGAUGGGCAGUGGGACAGAUGGAUGUACUGCGGGACGGAUGGACAGCGGGACAAGCCAGACAGCAGGACAGAUGGAUAGUGGGAUGGGCCGGAGAACAAGAUGGGCCGGACAAUGGGAUGGGCCUGAAAAUGGGAUGGGCCAGAUAAUGGGACAGGGCGGACAGCAGGACGGACGGACAGCAGGACAGGCCAGAGAGCAGAACACAUGGACAGGGGGAUGGGCCAGAGAACGAGACAGGCGGGACAAUGGGAUGGGCCAGACAAUGGGAUGGGCUGGACAGCGGGAUGGACGGACAACAGGACAGGCUGUACAAUGGGACAGACUGGACAACGGGAUGGGCCAGAUAGUAGGGACAGGCUGGACAGUGGGAUGGGCUGGACAAUGGGCCAGACAGACAGCAGGAUGGGCCAGACAGCAGAAUGGGCCAGAGAACAGAACGGACACUCCCCAGGAAGGGGAUUGGGAUUCUCCGCAAUGCCAGCAGCUCCUGGCCCUGCCGGAACGGGGGUGCACCCUUGUGGGUUGUGCCUGCAGAGUUGUGGGGUUGGCACCAAAAGUUUUGGGGCCUGGCAUUGUCACAGGAAUUUUUGAGGUUCUACUAUUGUCCCAAAAAGUUUUGGGAUAUUGAGGUUGUCCCCAGAAGAGAUCCCAGUGUUGUCCCAAAAAGUUUUGGGGUCGUGGAGUUUUCACCAAAGGUUUUGGGGUCCUGGUGUUGUCCAAAAACUUUUGAGGUCCUGGCAUUGUCCUCAAAAGUUUUGGGGUCCUGAUGUUGUCACCAAAAGUUUUGGGGACCUGAGGUUGUCCCCAUAAGUUUUGGGGUCCUGGUGUUGUCUCCAAAAGAGCUCCCAGUGUUGUCCCAAAUAGCUCUGGGGCCCUGCCCUUGUCCCCAGGCUGUCCCCAAAGAUGGAGGGGACACACAAGGGACACAGACCCCCCCCCCCCCCCCCCGGGACUGUCUCCCCCCAGCUGGCACCAGGAUGAGCCAAGAUUUGGGACUUCAGGAUUUGGGAUUUUGGGAUUCUGGGACCAUACCCGGCUGAUGGAAUCCUCGCUCCGCCAUAUAAACUCAUUAAUUAAUGCCAAUUAAAGAUGUUUCCUACAA